AUGCCUUGCCAUAUCCUCCUCUUUGCUCUCCUUGCCCUGGCUUCCUCUCGUGUGAUGGCCUCCGAUCCCAGCCAACUUCAAGACUUCUGCGUUGCUGACCUCAAGUCCCCUAUCCUUGUGAAUGGUUUUGUUUGCAAGCCACCAAUGCACAUGACAGCGGAUGAUUUCUUCUUCUCCGGCCUCGAUAUGCCUGGCAACACGUCGAACCAGAUUGGAUCUAAGGUGACGCAGGUGAAUGUGAACCAAAUUGCAGGGCUCAACACCCUCGGCAUCUCCUUGGCUCGAAUAGACUAUGCACCUUACGGUCUCAACCCGCCACACACCCAUCCCCGGGCCACCGAGAUCCUUACAGUGUUAGAAGGCACGCUCUAUGUCGGCUUUGUCACAUCCAACACCAACAACGGCAACCUUCUCUUCACUAAGAUGCUCAAGAAGGGUGAUGUCUUUGUGUUUCCCGAAGGUCUAAUCCAUUUCCAAUUCAACUACGGUCCAAUGCCUGCCAUGGCCGUUGCAGCCCUAAGCAGCCAGAACCCUGGAGUGAUCACUAUAGCCAAUGCAGUCUUUGGAUCAAACCCACCCAUCUCUGAUGCGGUUUUGGCCAAGGCCUUCCAAGUGGACAAGAAGACUAUUGACUGGCUGCAGGCUCAGUUCUGGAUGGACAACAACAACUGAUUGUUGGUUGUCUAAAGAACCUGAAUAAAGUUUCUGAUUUAAUCAAACUUGAGUUGCUACAGCAGAGCUCACAAAUCAGAUGUGCAGAGAGUAACAGAGGCAAUAUUCUGAAGGGAUUUUUCUUAUGUCUUUUAGACUUCCUUACAAGACAGCAGGGCUUACAAAUUUUCUUAA